GGCGGCCGCUGGCGGCGAAGUCCGCGCGGUCUCGGUCGGACGGCACGGAACACGUUCGCGAGACGAGAACGACGCCGCAGCGGCAGCCGGGCCCUGAAGUUGCUGCGCGCGGCACGAGGAGGCCAAUGGACGCCGGCUCUCUGGGCAGCUGCAGCAGCGGAGGCGGCACGCCGUCGCCGCCGACGCUCACGUUCGGCUCGCCGGUGGCCACCGCGCACUCGCCGUCGGCCCGCGGCGGCUCCAGCCCCAAGUCGGGCCUCGGCUCGCUAACGCCGACGCGCUCGACACCCGAGAGCCCGCUGGGCGCAGCUUUGCCACCGCCCCCGCCGCCACCCAAGCAGACCGGCUACGGCGUGUUGCACGCGCUCAACGGCGGCCGCGCACUGUACGGGAGCAUGCGGCCACCGCCGUCACCGCCGGGCAUCCCGUCGGACGCGUCGGCCACCGACUGUCGCCUGAUCGACUAUCGCGGCGCCAAGGUGGCCGCGUUCCUGGUGAGCGGCGAGUACCUGCUGUGUCUGCCGCAAGCGUUCGAGCUGUUCCUCAAGCACCUCGUGGGCGGACUACACACGGUGUACACCAAGCUCAAGCGGCUCGACAUCACGCCCAUCGUGUGCAACGUGGAGCAAGUGCGAAUCCUGCGCGGACUGGGCGCAAUCCAGCCCGGCGUGAACCGGUGCAAGCUGCUGUCGUGCAAGGACUUCGACGCACUCUACAAGGACUGCACCACUGCCAGGGCUCUGAACAGUCUGUGGAUUUCUGGUGUAACAUCUGCGAGUCGACUGUGGAACGCUGCCUCUCUCAUGGGUGCUGGCUCUAGUCCUGCAAAUGCCAGCUAUCCGUUCCUGUCACAAGAGAAGAGGUACCCUGGAGAGGAUGCAUCUAUCCAGUCUCGGUCUAGAAACCAAGCCCGGCCGCCCAAGCGUUCCUCGAUGAUGUCGAUGAGUCCGAGCAAUGGGAGUCCGCUGGGCAUGAUGAGCAAGAAGGGCCGCCUGGACGACUAUCCGGGAUACGAGAACGGACACUUGGCAGCCGAACAAGCGGACAAGCCUCACCACGGUGGCGGCGGGGGCGCCCUGCUGCCCAACGGGUUCAGCCCGCAGCAGGCGGCGGCAGCCGCGGCUGCGGCCCACCUGAACGCCACGCUGCCCUUCCUCGCCCUGGGCUCGCACCCGCACCCGGGCGGGCUGCUGAGCGCCGCCAUGGGGAUCCCUCUGCCGGGAGCCACGCCGCACCACCCGCUGGGUGGCGCAGCGCCCUCGCGCGCCGACCACCACCUCGCCAAGGCCGCGCCGCCUCAGCUGGACCCGCAGGCCGCCCUCAGGUACGCGUUGCGAGACGACGGCGGCAGCGUUAGGGACCGGAACUUUUCGUCCUACGAUGGAAGCCGGCUCAAGGAUUCGGCUGCUUUUGUCAAUGGCGGCCUUCCGGUGCCGGAGUCCAACGGACACGGGCCUCCGGUGCUGAACCUGUCGCAACACGGCCAUCGCAACAGCGCGCCGCGGGACUACCACGACGGCGCGGCGGCCGACGCCGAAGACGACACCGAGGACGACACGGACGACAGGGACCCCGAGCUUAGCGGCGCCGAAGGUAGCAGCAGCCCCGAGCCCCAUGGGGGCGGUGGCGGCCAGGGCGGGCCCAGCAUGGACGAGCGCUACGCCAUGGACGCGGCACUGGGUCUCGGUGCCGUGUCUUCGAUCGAGACGCUCCUGCGUAAUAUACAAGGCCUGCUCAAGGUGGCCGCGGACAACGCCAGGCACCAGGACAGGCAGAUCAGCAUCGAGAAAGCCGAGCUCAAGAUGGAAGUACUGCGAGAACGAGGUCUGCGGGAAAGCCUCGAGAAGCAGCUGACUGAGGAGCAGAGGACGAGAGUGUUGUACCAGAAGCGUCUGAAGAAGGAGCGCCGAUGUCGGCGGCGCAUCCAGGAUCAGCUGGAGCUUGAACAGAAGAAGCGCUCGCAGUACGAGGAAGUUCUACGGAACAGCAUCGCCGCCGACCACCGGUCACCACCCGCGCAACCACAGCCGCAGCCGCAGCCACAGCCACAGCCGACACAUUCACAGUCGACGCAACAACUAACGCCGCCUGAACAUGUGGCAUCACCUGACUUAGAAACAGAGCGUCACAGCAGACAAGAAUCCGAGAAAAAAGCCGAGUCCACGACGCCGAUCGGCUAGACCGAGGUCACCUUUGCCUCCCCUUGCGCGCAUCAUCUUUUUCCCUUCUCGCAUCUCUCCGAGACCUGCAGUCCCCGAACCCGCCCUGACCGGAGCCCGGUCAAGCCCCGUGAACUCCUACACGCAGCCAGCGAGAGGGCGCCACUGGAACACUCGAGCUGUGCGCGGUGACUACGCUUAACAGACCGUUCACAUAGCUCUGCGGUGCCGCGUGUGCUUCGGGAACGUGCGUCGACGAUCGAACGCUGCGUCAACGUUCGCGGUCACCGUGUCGACCUCCGGCUGGCUUAGUGAACGAGCAGCGCCGUGGUGCGGCGGUGGUCCUUGCGUGUACAUACAAUGCCACCACGUCACUACUCGGAGGUACCCUGUGUGUUGUCUCCCCUGGUCGAGUCAUGAACUGUUUUAUUCCCUGGCACUGCGUUUUUGUCAUGCUUCGUUUCUUCUUUAUUACUGAGCCUCCUUCUUUUAAAACAGAUUCCUCGAUCAUGCCGUUUUUGCAAAUCUCCACUGCAGGUGAUCUCUCGUGACAGUUUCUCUUUAAGCACUUGGUCAUAAGGGUUAUUUAAUUCAGGCUAGAGCCUCACUGUGCAAGGAGCGCGCAUGUGUAUCGGUUCGGCAAUAUCUGUUCUGAAGCUCGUAUGACUACUCACAGAGGGCGCAACAGCUUGCAAACUACGUAGGAAAAUUUUCGACAAAUUGUGCCAGUACUGCGAAGUGGAGCCUACGAAAGGUUUUGCAAAAGUCACAUACAUAAAAAAAAACCUUCUCUUCAUCUUCUUCACUCAUCGAGUCGACGAAAUGACAGCUCCACGCACUCCUUGACACAUAACUUUUUGUUGUAUUCUACCUUGUCAUUUAUAUGUGGACAUCAUAUAUAUCACUUCUGACUUUGGCUCUAUGGUGUUUCGUCCUUCGCCUUCCAAAAGCGCUUGCGUUUCGCGUUAUUUAUGUUUGGUGUUAACCGAUAUAUUGAAAGAGAAAGCGUUGUCGCACUGUUUAUGAAGUUUUCGCGUGUGUGUUUAUGUGCGUGCGCGAGUGUUGUGCGGUGUGCCCGGUUGAGAAGAAAAAGAAUUGUACGCUAUCAUCUCCUCCUCAUCGUUUUCAGAUCAGACAGGAGGUGCCGGUUUUACGAAUCCAACGACUGAGUGUGUGUUCUUCCCCCUCCCAACUUCCUUCCCUUUCUUCUUGUUUUUCGUAAAUGCGCCGGUGUCGGAAGAUCCGGCUCACGCGUGUGUUCCACUCAUGCGCGUUUGUAAACAGAAGGAAACUAAGACCCCUUACGAAACCUCGAAGUCUGUUGGUAGAUAAACGACAGGCAAUGAAAUACAUAAAUCGUUGCGGUACCGCAAACCUGCUUUCGGAGAGCUCGAGACAGUUUUCACUGUUUCACCAGAGCAAGGCCGCCACGCCCACCCCCAGUGUCAUCGCUUUUUUUUUUAAUUUGUUGCGGAGUAGAGCGCAAUUGUACGACACCGUACGUAAUGCGACAAGCUAUAGCGUUACUGAGGACUUGUACAUUCUGCUCAUGUUGACGUGUUCGAGGAACUGUGUGAUUACGUCGCUUGGAACACUGUUGUUGUAGCGGCUGACCUAGUUGUGUUCAACUGUGUGAACAGCACCCAUGUUCUUUUUCUCUUUAAUAUCUGAGCAAAUGUGAUGCUUUUAUUGACA